AUGCCAGAUAUGAGAGACCGUAUAGGAGGCGCUCUUGGUGGUGCAUUCUAUGGUAUAUGGACUGGAUUUUGGCAUGGUCUUGCGCUAGGACUGGUUGGAAUGGCGGCUGGAAUGAUUUCUCUGGGAACACUUGAAGCAGUAUCAGAAGCAGUAAUUGGCUCUUCAGAGCCAGCGCUACAUGCUUUUGCUGACACGGUAGACGGCGCUGAAUAUGGUAGUGAUGCUUAUGAAUGUCAAGAUUUGUGGUGA